AUGCCGCGUCGGCAAUCAGUCGCACAUCACGCUUGCGAGCUCUGUCGUCAGAGAAAGCGAAAGUGCGACGGAGAUGGCACGCACCCUUGCAAGUCGUGCCAUGAGACUGGCACGGACUGUGUUUAUCUGGCGACCACACGUGUCUCCAAAGCAGAUUUACGUGACAGACUGGCCAAGCAAGAGGAGGAACAUUUGCACGACAAAGUUGUGCUAGAUGCCAUAUGCUCUCGAAACACGAGUUUUGCGGAGAUGAUGAACAUCCCGCAAUGGAAGCAGAAAAGGCCGCUCUUCGUCUUCUAUGCGGACCCCCCUUUCGCCCUGCAGUCAGAUGCAACGUCGCCGACGGCAAUCCCCACUGCGACAAUGCGGUUUCGGACCAACCUGGUCUACUACAGAUCGCAAAUUCCGCAACUAUUGGACACCAUCCUGGCACGAGACUGUCUUUCAUUCUGCCCAAUCAGCGAAAAAGAAUUUCUCCGCGAUUUCGAGUCUGGUUCUGGUCCGCACUGCUCCCCAGCUCUCCUGGACGCCCUCCUCGCCUUGGCAACGUUGUUGGUCCAGGGAACGGUUGCCGCCAUCAUUGCGCCUCGUUUGGAGGACAAAUCCCAAGAAGAGCUUGGCGACAGUUUUGCAAAGGAGGCCAUAGCUUCAUUGUACAACGCAGCCGGACUACCGCAGCGCAUGGCAGAUAUACAGGCGCUGGGUAUACUGGCGCUGUACUGUCUUGGCUGUGGCAAGAUGAAAGACGGCCUGGGCUUUGCCGGAGAUUUUGGUGCUGCCAUUACGGAACAAUGGGGAACCAAGCAGUCGGUACUAACCUUUGAUCAUCGACAAGCGCACGCAAACGUCUAUUGUGCUGCAGUUUCGUUCAACAGGUCGUUGUUCUUGAUCCAGAAUUAUAAUAAAACUCUGGAUGAGCUGACCGUCAAAGUUGACUUGAAAACGUCUUCUUUGCAUGAUGAUAACAGCAACUCUGGAAGUACAGGCUCAAAAGCCGACCUUUCCUGCUCUAUUAUUGAUGACGCAUUUGUUUCCAGAGAUCUCAGCUUACUGCCCAACAACCCAAAAUUGAUUGCCGCCAAACUGUUCGAGUUUACAGAAUGGGUGUACAAGGUCCGGGAAAAUCCCAAGACUUCCCUCGAGCAGACGAUAAAAGUUUUUCAAGACUGCAUGCGCUGGUAUGACUCCUUCUUCGCCUGCACCAGCAACGGCAGUAGCGAAACUCCGUUGAUGAUGUUUGCCCACACCUACUAUCAUUUCGGCGUCAUGUGUCUUCUGACGCCCUACGUGCUCGAAUCGGUCGCUGUUGAUUCGGAAGGGAAUUUUCCCGUCAAAGUUUGCAAAGAAGCGGCAGCCCAGAUUGGGACCUUUAUCCAGAUCUACAGCGCGGUACACAACGACGGACAGCUUCACGAUUUCAUGACGUUUUUCAAGACUGCGGCUCUUGCGUUUCUGGCAAUUUGCAAGGCAAAGAUACCAAAGUAA